AUGGUGGUGGUGGAAGUGUGUCACGGGCGUGCGCUGGUGUGGGGGCCGGAGGCCGCGCGAGCGGCGCGGGAGCGGCUGUGGGUGUGCGGGCGGCCCGUGGGCGGGGGCGGGGGCGGGGCCGGGGGCGGGGGCGUCCCGUCCCGGGCCGCGGGCCGCCUGCCCCUGCUGCUGCUGCCCGAGGAGGCCCGCCUCAUGGCCGACAUCGGCGCCGCGCGGCUCGUCCGCGCGAGGCACCGCCAGGACCCGGCGACGGACCCCGAGGCUGUGGCGGCCUACCUACAGGCGCAGGAGGAGAGCUUCCGGGAGCAGCAGGCGCUGGCCCUGGCGGAGCGGAGGUCCCGGCUGCAGGGCUUGGCCCAGAAGAUCGCCCAAGGCCGGGCCCGGAAGAGACAGAGGCAGCGGGAGGAGGCCAUGGACCAGUCGGGACCGGCGGCCGAGGUGAUGGAGGCUGAGGAGGAAGAGGAGGAGGUGGUGGUGGUGGUCGGUGAGCCCUCCACGGAGCGCCCCUCGACCCCACCGCUGCCCCGGACGGCCAUGCUGCUGCAGCUGCCCACCGCCCGGCCCCGGCCCCGCCGCGCCCCGCUGCUGGACUGGCGCGUCCCUUCCCCGGACUGGCCCCACGCCGGCCGCCCUUCCCACGAGCUCCGGUACCGCGUCUACCGCGACCUGUGGCAACGUGGCUACUUCCUCACGGCCGGGGGCAAGUUCGGCGGCGACUUCCUCGUCUACCCCGGCGACCCCCUGCGCUUCCACGCUCACUUUGUCGCCCUGUGCUGGCAGCCCGAGGAGCCCCUUCCGCUCCGGGACCUGGUCUCCGCCGGACGCUUGGGCACCAACGUCCGCAAGACCGUGCUGCUCUGCUCGGCCCGCCCCGACGGCUCCGUCUGCUACACCUCGCUGGAGUGGGCCGGGCUGGCCUGACCCCGGCUCGGGGGUCCGGGACCAUGACCCCGGGGCCUUUCUCUCCGUUCCCGGGCUGGGGAAUAAAGGGGCAGGGGAGAGUUUGCCACGGGCCGGGCGGUUAGGGGCUCCUUCUCCCCCUACCCCGCUCCAUUCCGGGCUCGGACGACAGUCCCCUUUAGGCCCUGCCUGCGGUCCGUGUUGGAGAGCCGGGAGAGCUCAAGAGAGAAGCAGUGAGGCCUGGUGGAAAGAGCAAGGGCCUGGGCGACAAAAGACCCGGGUUCUAA